GUACACAUGUUCUAAAAAAUAAUUCAGCCGUGUUUAAUUAAAAUUUAAAAUAUUGAUCCAUUACAUCGGCAUCAGAGGACAUUUUAACUUGAAGUAUUUAUUGUUGCAAGCUUUCGAUAUUCAUACAGAAUUUCUUCAUCAGGCAAAAAUAUAUUUGUAAACUAAAAUUCAUGUGUACGUUUAAAAUUUUAAAAUUUUAAAUUUAAUUGAUAAUUAUGGCUGAUACUUCAUCCGUGGUGGUGGACACGGAGAGAUUUCACAAGAAUCCAUUCUUGGACAAGGAAAUUUCCCUUAUUGGAGAUCCCUUUGUUGGAGGCCCAAGUUCAUUUUUGGAGCGUCUGAAGCAGGGCUCGACCUUGCUCCUGGAGACGUUGACAAGGAACGUCUUAGAAGAGAACAACCGAAUGCCAGGGGACGAUGAUUAUUCUGUGUAUACGGGCAAGUCAGGCGUCAUCCUCACUUAUCAUUGGAUAUUGUCACAAAAUAAUCAAGAGUUGCUGAUAAAUCCAUCCAUUAAAAAGAUGUUGGAAGAUUUCGUGAAAGAAGUCAUGAGUGGACACUUGUUGCGAAAGAAGCGAAUUACAUUCCUAUGUGGGGAUGCAGGACCUUUGAUUGUUGCUUAUCUUAUAACCAAUGACUCAAAUCAACGGACCGAGUUACUUGGAAGAUUACUUCAACUUCAAGAUCUAGUUUAUGCUAAGGGAUCUUCCAAUCGUGAUAGAACCCCCAUUCCGAAUGAAUUAUUGUAUGGAAGGGCUGGUUAUCUAUACUCGCUUCUUUUUCUGAAUCAGCAAUUUCCUCAAGAUCCACCAUUGAUUCCUUAUGCUCUAUUGUCAAAUUUAGUGUCAAUUAUCAUUGAGGACGGACUAAGAAACAAUCAAAGAGGAAAUCCGCCUCUUCAUUACGAAUGGCAUGACAAAACUUACUUGGGAGCAGCGCAUGGAUAUGUUGGAAUCCUUUACGUUCUGCUCAAGGCUCGUGCAUACAUGAAAGAAGAGCACGUACGACACGUGAAGGAAACAUUGGACUGGGUUAUGUUUCAUCAGUUUCCAUCGGGGAAUCUACGCUCGUCCGUGGGAUCAAAGGAAGACAAACUAAUACAUUGGUGUCAUGAUAUCUCCGUCCGUCCUCCUUUACAUAUGUAUAGUGUGUUUGAAGCUGAGAAAGAACGUUAUCUGAGCUGUACCCUGGCUUGCGGAGGGGUGAUAUGGACUCGUGGGAUUCUAAAACGAAGUUACAGCCUAUGUCAUGGCACUGCUGGAAAUGCAUAUUCCCUUAUGGCCCUCUAUAAACACACUCGGGACUUGAUAUGGCUACAGAGAAGUUGCCUUUUCUCUCAGUGGUGUUUUUCAUGGGGAAACUCCACAAGACAACCGGAUCGACCGAUCUCACUUUUUGAAGGUCUUGCUGGCUCAGUCUAUAUGCUCCAUGACUUUCACAACUUUCUCCUCCACAAUGGUGAUGGUAGUGGAUCAACCCCGAAAUUCCCUUCCUUUGAACUUGAUUAGAAGAGAAUGAAGAUUGAGACGAAGCUGUCAUCAUCAAAGAAAAUCUGUUUUUUUUUACAAAAGAGACUUGUGCCCCACAUUCUUUCCUUACUCAUAUUUAAAUGGCUCGACAUCAUCAGUUCAAGCAUAGCAUAUUCUCUUAUGUAUUCCAAGGUCUCUAAGCUUAUAAUUGUAAUACUAUUUAUCUAGCGGUAUAAGUAUCUAAGACAGGUAAGAGAAAUCUCAUCUAGUGAUUUAUUUAUCUGUUUAUUUUUAUAUGAAUGUUUGUCAAUAGAUGAAUAUGUACCUAUAUGCUACACUAUACACUUAUAUGUACAUACAUAACAUGUUCAAAUAAGUACUCUUAAAUAAAAGUGUACCGGAGAAAGGUUCCCUGAUAAGU